CGCUCCAACUGCAGUGAACCACAAUCAUGGAUCUUGACCCUCUCGUAGAUUCCGGCCCUUCGCGAUACGCCGUCGAGUCCGAUGAAGAGGAUGAGUACAACCCUCUUGAGCAACACGAUGCUAAAGAUCAUAAGGAGCACGAAUUCCAAGUCAAGAUUAUAGGAUCGGUACCUCAAGGAACGUCUCUUCUGGCUGCAUUUGGAGAUGCUGGAAGGUAUUGGGCGAAAGGUGCCAACUUGGGCGAGCAAAUCGGUGCAGUGUUCGUGAACGAUAUCCAGGUUGGCCUUGCAUUCAAACCCUCGUGGACCAAAGCUACGGUCAUUGUGUCCGAGUCCUUCACAAGGCUUCCGAUUAAUGGUAUGCACGAGUAUUCGUCCUCGUUGAUCAGCACAUUGGGGCCUUCCAGUAUUUCCAUUCUUGAUGUUUAUCCUUCACCAACGUACAUCUCUUCGAGUCUGAUUCCCCAGCAUGAAGCGCCGAUCAGGUAUAUAUCCUCGUCUCAAGAUCUUGAAAUGCCUCGUGAAGCACAACCUUUUGCUCCACCCAAUCUAGUUCAUUCGACGACAUCAUCUGCCCUUCUAGCGCAAAUAGUCACUCAAACAUCGAUUAACACCGGGACACUCAUACUUUUGCCAUUUCCUCGUGUGCCUGCUCCACCCCCAAAGACCCUUCAGCAUUCUAACUUCUCUCAUCUAAUGCAAGACGGAUAUCAGUGGUCAGCGGAGGCUAUGAACACGGCACACCGACUUCUAUUGCGUGGUUUGGGUCACAAUACGUCUCCCCAAUGGCAGGGUUCCAAGCGUGACCUGGGUAUCAGCGGUGCCGCAACUCAUGACGCCCGAAGCACAAUCGGCGAAGGUGGAAUGUAUAUCUAG